CCAGCACCCGUCCACUCAUUGAAUCUGCAUAUACCCCGGCAAUCCCCCUCCUCUUCUCCCUCUAUCUCAACCUCUCCAUAUUCACAAUGGCGCAGGCAAAUCUACUGACCCCGCCGUCCACAAUCUCCCCCAGCACCGCCCUGGCCCUCUCGCAAAAGGCCCCCCCAAUCCUCUCCUCCACGCCCAUAUCCUCGCUGCCCUGGCCGCUCUCCCUCCUCUUCUCCCGCGAAUCCCCCGAAACAUGGACCAUCCACGAGAACCUCUUCUUUGCCGCCCUCCGCACCGGCGACGACAAAUCCGCACGCCAAAUCCUGACCCGCCUCACUACCCGCUUCGGCGACACCAACGAACGCAUCAUCGCUCUCCGCGGCAUCUACGAAGAAGCGCUCGCCAAGAACCCUGGCGAGCUCGAGAAGGUGUUUCAAAGCUAUGAGAAGAUCCUCAAGGAGGACCCGACGAAUUUCAGCAUUAGGAAGAGAAGGGUGGCGGUUCUGAAGAGUCUGGGGCGGACGGCGGAUGCCGUGACGGCCUUGACGGUGCUGCUUGAGAAUAGCCCGACGGAUGCGGAGGCGUGGGCUGAGUUGGGCGAUUUGUAUGCACAGCAGGGGGCGUGGGCGCAGGCGGUCUAUUGUUUGGAGGAGGUGUUGCUUGUUACGCCAAACGCGUGGAGUGCACACGCCCAAAUAGCGACCCUCCACUACCUCACCGUCCCCUCAACCCUCACCACCUUAUCCCACAGCCUCCGGCACUUCGGCCGCGCCAUCGAACUCAACGACUCCUACCUGCGCGGCUUCUACGGCCUCAAACUCGUCACUAAGAAAAUCAUCCCGCUCCUCUCCUCACCAGAGUCCAAGCGCAACCACAAUACCGAUGACGACGACAGCCCGCCCCUCAAACUCGAAACCGUCAAGAAGCUCGAAGAACUCGCGACCAGCAAACUCGCUGAGAUCGUGCGGCAGUACGCGUCGGGGAAGAAGGGGUGGACGGGGUAUGAUGAGGCUGAGGUGAUUGCGGCGAGGGAGUUGCUGGAUCGCGACGGGAAGGUGGAGAGGUAGGGAGAUAUAUAGUGAAAGUUGAGCGUAGAGAGGGGCUUAAUGUGAGGUGGAAUUGAGCAGGAAGAGCCAAUAUACCCGUCUUCACCUCCAUUCUUGCAAAGACAUCGAUGUCGACAGUACUACAGUGUGCUCUUACCGAACCUAAGACGCUAUUGUACCCUCAGACCCUCGCCCAGCUCCUUCCCACUUCUAGAUCUCUAGGUCUACCACUUGGAAUUAUAUCCACUACCCUAAAAAUAUCAGACCAACCUUCCACCGACCAACAUCCCACCCACCAGCCACCCAAUCCCAUCCAGCUACCAAUGCAACCCAUUCCGAAGCACAAAAAAGCAACCCGCCCGGCGCUUCCAACGAGGCGUAGUACUGUACGAUUG